AUGGUGACUAUCCACUUUUCCAAGGUUUCCCAGGAGUGGUGGACCAAUGGGGAAACUAAAAUAUUUCCAAAGAAUGCUUCAACCAACACCCCUCGCUCCCGUUUGCUGAUUAGUAGUGUUUCUGCUCGUUGUUCAUUUGUUUGUGGUUCUUCAAAUGAUCUCAAGGAAUUGAGGAGCCAUUAUCUAUGGAUGAACCCGAAACAAAAGUUUCCAAACAGGGGCCCGGUAUGCAAAAGCUUCUGAAUUUCUGGUUUUCGACUAUUUUCUGCCAGUGGCUUUGCUUUAAAAUAAUCCUUCAUGACGCUUUUUUCUAUAAACUUUGUUCAGAUUCUGCCUAUUUGUGCAUCGCUAGAUGAAGAUUACCGUUCAUCUCGGAAUAUUGCAAUCAGCCUCUUCAGGCGAUACAGGAAUGUUGUUGAUCGUGGUGGUGCUGAUAAUUUAAAGGUAUCUACCAGGCUUCCUUUGUUUCCCUUCCACUAGAAUGCAUUUUGAGUCUAUUUGAAAAAAUAUUUACGCCUCUCAGUGCAAUUUUGUAAAAAAUCUAUUUUGUUUAUUUUUUCCAGGAGUUCAUAAAUGUUGGGGUGAAUGCAUAUGCCUUGGGUUGCACUGAUGAGGGACUGAGGAAAGAACUCUUAAACUUGAAGGAAACUGGCGUUGAGAUAGAAGGACUACGUGCAUAUGGUGGAGCCACCAGUUUGAAGUACAAAGUCUUGUCUGAGGAGGUAGGUUUUCCUGCCAAAGCAGAAUCUUGAGAUUGCUAAAAUAGAUUUAAAUUGGCCGACUCUUAUAAAUUAGCAGCCCUUCCCAUAAAAAAUCCAAAAAGUAAUUGCUCUUUUUGUCUUGGAUCGUUCGUAAGAUCGAUUAUACUGACAUAAAGCUCGAGAUUAUGUGCCAGAUGACGCUACUAACCCUAUGAGUAGCGCAACAAUAUUGACAUUGUGUUCCUAUUUGAUGCUCAAAAUUAACAUGUAACAUGAUUUCUCCUACUUUAGCCUUCAAAUAUGAUGAAAAUCGCAACCAUAAGAGAACUUAGGGUGUUCUCUUCUAUUUAUGUAUCAUCUUAAGCCCCCGACAUUCCGUGACAUUUUUUUACUAAUUGAGUAAUUCUAUAGCUCAUUGAUUCCUGUUCAGAUUUUUGAGGUAACUUGAGGCCAGAUAUUUUAACCUGCUUGUUUGUCUGCAUUCUCGAAACAGCCUGUCGAAAAACUUGUUAAUCCAAUUAAAUCCUAGGUUUUUAAUUUUUGAAGAACCUUAGCUGAUUGACUUUCCAAUUUUUUUGUCAUUUUAAUCCGAAAAGAAAGCUCUACAAAAUGGUGUCAUUACCUUAUUGCAGGCCCAGGAAUGCAUUCUCUGGUUAAGUAUUAUAUUUAUCACCAUUCUUUGCACGCCACAACCGACUGUCAUCAGAUGGUCUUCUACACCGCCCGUCUCCGACGAAAUCAUGGCUAGGUGGAAAGGAUUCUGUGCCCUCAUAGCAAAUGCAUACUACGUGAAAGGGAUGGCAUGGUACGGGCAUCUACACAAAACACAUGCACAUGCUCAUGUCAACCUUAUGAGCCUGUUUAUUUGUCUCCACUCCUCUCCAUACUAUUUCUGAUUCAAAUCGGGCUAUUUUAGCACUUCAUAAUGUGAUAGAUUAUCUCAUUUGGCCUCUCAUGAUAUGGAUAGUUAUCAAUAUAUCAUGCAAUAUGCUUAAUCUAGGUUGGUUGGAAGAAAAAUGGUUAAAUUUUGGAGCCUAUAUAUCAUGUAUGAUUAAGCCAAAGCUUCAUCUUUUCACGUCAUAAGAUUGAUGGUGAAGGCAUUAUCGUUAAUUCCGUAAUUAUUUUUGUUUUUUUUUGACUAUUUUAGGCUUCCGGUGAAAACCUUACAACUAGAACAGUUGGCUGUUAUAGGGAGCGCUGAAGAACCAUCUGUUGUCUCCAGCCGGAUGCAGCUGGUGUUUAGCACGCUAGAGGUUGGGCAUUUCUUCAAUAUCUCUACCAGUGAUCUCGAUUAUGGCCCAUCAGAUUAUCAUGGCUGACUUUUCUUUUAAAGGUUUUUUUAAGUUUACGUAGCUGUAAAACAGUUGGUGGUGGCUAAGUAAAUGAAAAUAUUUAAUUUUUUAUUUAAAUAAACUAUGAAAAAAUUCAUUUUUCAGGUACUUAUCUUAUGCCAAACUUAUCUAUGUAGCCGAUUAAAUGGUUCCUCAGUCUCUAGAUUUCAAUAAAAAUACAGUCAGUUUCGAGAUUUUUAUUCUUUUGACAUUAUUUAAACUUUGAUAUUCUAAUUACCGUACCUAGAUUUUUUUUUAUUUUUUCUCUUUUUCCUGAGAGGGGGGGUGUUCUUGGUUACUGUAAAAUAGCUGAAUGAUAAGCCAAUGGGACCAAUUUAGCUCUUAUAGCUUCAAUAAAAAAAAUAAAAAUUUUCAUUGAUAAGUUUUUAUUUUACACCAAACUUACCAAACAAACUGGAUAAAUGCUUCCUCAGUCUCUCGAUUUCACUGAAAAUGCAAUAAUCAUACUCUGCUGAGAAAAAAACCUGGUGACUAAUGACAACAUCUCGCUUGAAUUUUUUUCUCUUUCAUCAUGGUAUCAUCUUUGAUAUUGAGAGUUUCGGUGCCUUUAUUAUCUAAUUUUGGGGUUUAUCUUAAUCUCUAUGUUAAAGAACCGAAUGGUGGAUAAACCCAUGAAGUUAAAUUAAACCAUAUAGUUAUUUGAAAUAAAAAUUUCCUUCAUCAAUAAUUUCUUCUACGCCAAACUUCUCUUUUUAACCUGUUAAAAUGGUCGGUCUCUGGAUCUUGCUAAAAAUACGUUCUUCAUGAGAUUUUGAUUCUUUUAUCAUAAUAUGAGCUCUUGAUUAUGUGAUUUACAUGUUGUCAUCAUCCCUUAGAUCCUUUUACAUUGAUCUUCCAGAGAAAUUACUCGAUCACAUAGAACUUAGAUUAAACCAAAAUCAAUUUAUCAGGUAUUUAAUUUAUCUCAAACUUAGCUAUCCAGCCUAUUAAAUGGUUCUUCGGUAUCCCAAUUUCACUCAAAAAUAAAAUCAUUCGGCAGUUAUGUGUCAAAAAGUAGUCUGGCAGCAAGAACACCCCAUUUUCAUCAUGGUAUGAACUUUGGUGUUGACUUUCUAAGAUUAGACAAAUUUCACGAAUUAAUGUCCAUCUUAGCUUGGUACUAUCUCUAAAUAUAGUAAUGGCCAUGGCCAGUGAUGUGGGUUAACCUUCAUUUUAUCUGAUUUAACCAGUCAAGAACAUUCUGCCUUCAUUAAUGUCCAUCGUACUAAACUUCAUCUGCCCAACUCAUGCUGAAUUCCUAUCUCAUUUCUGGACUUUUUUUCUGGGUUUCUGCAGGUAGUUAGCCCACAGUGGCCAAGAGCCUGA